AUGUCAAACGAAUGGAACAACUCCGUCUGGAGCUGCUUCAGCCCCGUCCAAGCCUGCCUCAUGAGCUGCUUCUGCCCCUGCAUGCUCUACGGCAAACAAGCCGAGCGCCUCGACGACCCCGGGUUGAAAGAAGGGCGCAACGUUAACGGCGACUGCUGCCUCUACCUCCUCGCCAGCUGCUGCGGUCUCAAUUGGGUCCUCCAGAUGAUGAAGCGGCGCGACAUGCGCGAGAAGUUCGGCAUCGACGGCUCUGUCGGCGAAGACUGCAUCCUCUCCUGCUGCUGCUCGUGCUGUGUCCUCGUGCAGCAGGAGAAAGAACUCGAUGCGCAGAUGAGGCGCUUUCAGACUGUGGGGUCUGCUGGGUAUCAGCCGCCGCCCGCGAUGGCGUAUAAUCCGGGUGGUGGGUAUGAGCCUGGUACGGCGGUUUCGCCUGGGGUUGGGGUUGAGGCGCAGGGGCAGAAAUGA